GCACCUUCCCCUCCCGUCCUGCUCCGCUCCGCACUCCGCUUCAGCUCGGCAGCCGACAUUCUGCUCUCAUACAAUCCUCAGCUGCUGCUGCUGUUUACUCAGCGCCGCCUCACAGCUCUCACCCGCCGCACGCUCUGGAUUAUCACAUACACACUGGGGCAUGCAGACACACAGGGGCAAACACACACAUAUAUAUGUAGAUGCAAACACUUUUCUUCCUUUUUUGUCAUAUUUUUUAUGAAGUGAGAAGAAAACUUUUUUUUUUUUUGGUUGAAAGUUUUUUAUCUGGGAUUUGACUUUGGAAGAAGAAAGACUUCUGUGUGGCCUGUCUGUGUUUUCAUUGCAUUUUUAGGAGUCUACUUUUCAGUAUCUAUAUUUUUAAUAUUGUAAAUCGUACAAAGUACACAAAAUGGUUUGUUUGCUGAACAGUCUGUAAACUUCCGUUGUUUUUUUUUUUAAAGGUUCUGCUUAAUAUUCGUGUUACUUUUUAGGACACCUUUUAUGAAGUGAGAAGAAGGGAAUUUAUUUAACUCUUAUUUGGGAGGGGCUUUUUUGUGAUUUUGCAUGAAGAAAUAAAAUCUGGUUUUGCAUGCAAUGGAUCACAGUCUGUUCGGCUGCCUGCGCGGCCCUCAUGCCCCUCCUCAGGCCCUGCACCCGGCCUUUGCUCUGCAUGGACGCCCCGAGCACCUCUCUUACCCCGACCUUUCCUCUUCCUCCUCCUCAUCCUCCUGUAUUGUGAGUGGUUAUCCGGGUCAGGACGGCCUAUUCGGGGCUCACGGGCACCAGCGUGGACCUCCAACCGCCCAGCAGCAUCACCCUCCACCACAGCAGACCGGCUGGCACAUCCCGCAAAUGCCCAGCGUAUCGUCAGCUAGCGCACGCCUGGGCCUGGGCAUGACGGCCCCUGACUCUGGCUCUUCAGACAUGGCCCCUGGAGGCCCCAGCCUCUGUGCCAGCACACCCAGCCUGGUCGGAGCCGUGCCCUCUGGGGCCUCCUGCCUGCCUGGGGGAGAUUUCGGGCGUCACACACUUUCUCCAGCUGAGGCAGAAAAGAGAAACGGGAAGCGGAGGAGUGAUAGCUCAGAAUCCCAAGAUGGGAAUUACAAAUCAGACGCAAGUAGCAAGCCCCGGAAGGAGCGGACGGCGUUUACGAAGGAACAGAUCCGCGAGCUGGAGGCGGAGUUUGCUCAUCACAACUAUUUGACCAGACUGAGGCGUUAUGAAAUAGCAGUAAACUUGGAUCUCACUGAAAGGCAGGUGAAAGUGUGGUUUCAGAACAGACGAAUGAAGUGGAAGAGAGUGAAGGGUGGACAGCAGGGGGCAGUGGCAAGGGAGAAAGAACUAGUCAAUGUGAAAAAGGGGACCUUGCUGCCCUCUGAGUUUUCGGGCAUCGUUGGACUUCACCACACAGCGGACUCCUUGGUCAACGAAGACAGUCAUGACAGUGACCUGAGCUCUGAGCAUGCUCAGUUAUGAUACAAAGAAGCAACAGCUGCCCCUGAGAUGCUGCUUUGGGGUCAUGUUUUGUCCUAGUGCCACGGUGGUCAAGGCUGCUCUUUAUGAAGGAGGGCCCGAUAAUAGAUCAGCAGUUCCCCCAGGGCUGCAGAGCAAACCACGCAAGAAGACAGCGCACUUGUUUUCUCUCAGGAACGUCCCUAUUACGACUGCUGGUAGCUGAUAGCUGAGUGACAACAUGUAUGUGCACAUGUACAAGGAACUGGUGUGUCAUAACUGACCUAUGGUAUGACUGUGACAUAUACUUUGACAUUAGGACACUAAGAGAAAAUUUAUGAUUAUCAGGGUCAAAGUUCCUUGCCAUAAAUUGAUAAACAUAGUUUACAAGCUGAGAGGGUUUCGAUACAUUGCACUCUCAUUAGGUUUAAAGAAAUGGCUCAUAGAAAAAAUCAAAUAUACCCAAUUUACUCCUUACCCCAAACAUACAUAUCUACCUCUGUCCCAGUAUAGACUCUGAGAGUUCUUUGUUUACCCUAAAAUAGAAUUUAAAACUCUAAAAUCUUUCAAACUUGCAAAAGAUGAAUUCAGACUUCAGAAUCUGAAUUCAGCUCUCACUCGUCUCCUCUUAGUAUUAUUUCUUAAACAGCAGUAUCUUCACACACAUUAAAGCAGCUUACACAUGAUCGCAGCUUUCUUUGUAUUUUAAAUAAUCCAAAAUGAGGGACAGAAAGCUGCUUAUGAAUUAUGAAAAUUAUAACAAAAGAAGAUGAAAAAUGCUCAGUGUUGCAUGACUCUUAGCAAACAAAAUGCCUUGUAAUGGUACAUUUUAAAAGUUAACAAGGGAAAAAUCUUAUAAUCUUAUCCAGAUGCUCUUAUACAGAGUGACUUACAAUUUUACAAAUUUUCUACAGAGCUAGGUGAAGGUAGUAGUGUUGGGAAUCUUGCCCAGGGACCAGGAUUGGUGUAUGUAUAUAUAAAAGCCGCUCCUUUUAGGUUGCAGGGGGAGGUGCCAGUCCAUCACAGGGCCUAAUUGGUAUAGCAUUUAAAAUGUGUAGAAGUUUAAAAUGCAUAAAUUCAUUAAAAUGAUUACUGCAGACUUCAUAAUCUGAACAAAUCUGACUGCUACUAUGGGGAAAUAUGAACAAACAUACAGUCACAUGCAAAAGUUUGAACACUCCUGGAUAAAUGACUAAUUUUGUUGCUUUUCUAAGUGGAAAUAAUUCAUCCUUCACAGGG